AUGUGCUAUCAUAUCACAGAGUCUGAAACUGGUCUAAGCUAUCAUGCUCAACCAGAUACAGACCCCCACCCUCAACCAGAUAUAGGCUCCCACCUUCAACCAAAUAUAGGCACCCACCCUCAACCAGAUAUAGACUCCCACCCUCAACCAGAUAUAGGCUCCCACCCUCAACCAGAUAUAGGCUCCCACCCUCAACCAGAUAUAGGCUCCCACCCUCAACCAGAUAUAGGCUCCCACCCUCAACCAGAUAUAGGCUCCCACCCUCAACCAGAUAUAGGCUCCCACCCUCAACCAGAUAUAGGCUCCCACCCUCAACCAGAUAUAGGCUCCCACCCUCAACCAGAUAUAGGCUCCCACCCUCAACCAGAUAUAAACUCCCACCCUCAACCAGAUAUAUAUAGCUCAAUUUGA